AAGCUUUCACAUUCUCUAUCAUCUCUUUUAUCUUUCUAUCUCUUUCCCUUUGCAUUCCCUCUCUCUCUCUCUCUCUCUCUCUCUCUCUCUCUCUCUCUCUCUCUCUCUCUCUCUCUUCCAAUUAGGGUUUCCUCUUUAAGGGUAUAUAGUGCUCCUCCUCUAGCAAAUCUGUGUCAUCUUUUACCUCUCAUUAAUUAGCUAAGGCUAUAUUUUGCCUUUGUGAAGAAGGUACAAGAACAGCUUCAAAAGGUACUUUCCUUUUAGUAUAAUUCUUCUGAUCAAAGAAACCUCUACAUAGUAUCACAAACAGGAAAAACAAUGGCAUCAUCAAGCUCAUACAAUUCACCAUGUGCAGCCUGCAAAUUUCUUCGUCGAAAAUGCAUGCCAGGUUGCAUUUUCGCACCAUACUUUCCACCAGAAGAGCCACAAAAAUUCGCAAACGUUCACAAGAUCUUUGGCGCAAGCAACGUGACAAAGAUCCUCAACGAACUCCUCCCUCACCAAAGAGAAGAUGCAGUGAAUUCACUUGCUUAUGAAGCGGAAGCGCGCGUGAGGGAUCCGGUUUAUGGCUGUGUUGGUGCUAUUUCUUUCCUUCAGAGACAAGUUCAACGGCUUCAAAAAGAACUUGAUUCUGCUAAUGCGGAUCUUCUUCGAUUUGCUUACAAUGAUUCAUCUCUUCCACCUCUUCCUCCUCUUGUUGUUCCGGCUUCGUUUCAUCAUCAUCAUCAUCAUCAACAAUUAACACCUCAGAGACAAUUACAGUUUGGUUCAAGAUUUGGUAAUGGUGGUAAUAUUGAUGGAAGUGGUUUUUACUCUUUUCCUUAUGCUAUUCCAUGGAAUGAUACCUCUUCUGAUGAUUUAAGUGGAGGUGUAGGAGGAAGAGGAGGAGGUGUAGGAGGAGGUAAUUUGUGAGUUCUGAAUUCCUAUCCAGCUAGGGUUUCUUAAUGUUGUGUUAUAUAUGUCUCUUGAGAGUUGUUUGGCAUGGUCCAUGGUGUGUGGGUAAUGGGUAUGUAUUAUAAAAGUCUAGGUUCUUUCUAUGGCUAUGAAUGAAAUUAGCCUUAGUUGGAGUGUUGUGGGAGUUCUUAAUCUUUUGUGUUUUUUAUUUAAUAGUAAUUUGAAUAAAUGUUUUUUGUAUUUGUAAUGUUGAUGAGGGAGUGUUGUUUUAAAACCUAGCUAGCUAGUGAAUAAGUUGGUAUAUAGGGCAUGCAUGAUAGUAUAAUGUAUGGCUACUAAAUAUCAACACUAGUCUUUGUUUCUGUAUUAACUUAAAAUGCAAAACUCUCUAUUAUAGGCAUGUAUGUGCAAUAGAGUAUGCAUGCGGUUUGAGUUGACAUUCUCUGUCAUUUGUUUAUUUAUUUAUUAUUAAUUAUCAUCAAGAAUAAAUGAAAUGAAGCAUAAUAUCGUUUUAUUGAUUCUAAGGCCUAA